CGGUCGGUGUGGCUGCGUCACGUGAUCGGGGACGCUCGGCAAAAUGGCGGCUUCCAGUGGAGGGAAGAAGCUGCUGCCGGAGUCGAGCAAAGGCACCUCCGCCGCCUCCGCCCACAGCUCCAUCCUCAGGAAGAGUUCCUCGGAGAAGCCGGUCACCGAGGCCACCGGCAGUGGCAGCAAAUCCUCCCGCAAUGAGGACCUGCACAGCGUGUUGGUGACCAGCGUCCUGAACCUGGAGCGGCUGGACCUGGACUUGUACAGCAAUGAGCACAGCAAUCGGUGCACUUUCACAGGAACGCAUCACUGGGUCCCAAGGAGUCGCAUGUUAUUUGGGGGUCAGAUUGUUGGACAGGCCCUGGUAGCAGCUGCAAUGUCUGUAUCUGAGAAUAUUUAUGCCCAUUCAUUGCAUUGUUACUUUGUACGAGCAGGUGACCCCAAAGUACCAGUCCUGUACCAAGUAGAUCGUAUCCGAGAUGGGAAGAGCUUUUCUGUCCGUUCUGUGAAGGCCAUCCAGCAUGGGAAUCCGAUCCUGAUCUGCCAAUCUUCUUUCCAGAGGAAAAUGGAGAGCCCAAUUCAUCACCAGUUCACCAUGCCAGUGGUCCCUUCCCCUAAUGAGUUAUUGACCCAAGAAGAACUAAUUCAGAAGUACUUGAGAGAUCCAGCCUUAACUGAGAAGUAUAAAGUGGGUCUGACCAAACUAUUGGCUGAGGAAGUGCCUAUUGAAAUCAAACCCAUCAACCCACCAGAAUACUACAGACGUGUAGCUUUAGAGAGCAAACAACACUUCUGGGUCAGAGCACGAGGUUACAUAGGUGAAGGGAACAUGAAAUUGCAUUGCUGUGUCGCUGCCUAUAUCUCUGACUACUCCUUCCUGAGAACGGCGCUGCUGCCUCACUUCCAGUACAAGGUCAAGUUUAUGGCAUCAUUGGACCAUUCCAUGUGGUUUCAUGCUCCGUUCCGGUCGGACGAAUGGAUGUUGUAUGAAUGUGAGAGUCCCUGGGCAGGUUCCUGCAGAGGUCUGGUCCAGGGCCGUCUGUGGAAGCAAGAUGGAGUAUUGGCAGUUUCAUGUGCACAAGAAGGAGUCUUUUAUGUGAAACCAUCGGCUGCAGAAAGCAAAUUGUGACCAGGUUAAUUUAAAAUUAACUCCUGCUUCUGCAGCAUAUUCAGUGCAAUUUGUUGUGUAAUCUGUCCAGAGGUAAUAUAGUAAUAGGUAAAGUAUUCUGCAAAACUGCAGCAGUUAGAAAUGUUUGUUAAAAGCGGUUUGUUUUCUGGGGUUGGCUUUGCACACGGUUCAGAAAAGAAAUUGAGGGAUGGCAUUAAAUCCUGAGCAUUGCGUACAUCCACUGUGCUGUGAAAGAGCUUGGCAUGUCCCAGUAUGUGUUGUACAGUCUAUGUGCACCUGAGAACAACCUCAGUGCCAGGUAAAAUGUAACUUUUUACAAUUAAAAUGUUUCAACAUUAAAAUCA